CGCUUUUCUGGCCUCUUUUCGUUUCCCCUUUCUCGUUUCCUUGCUUUCCCUUUUGGUGGCCUCUGUCUCCCCACCCCUGUUCUUGUCUUAUACUACCGUUGCGUCGAUUUCCACUCCAGUCUUUUCACCUUCCCACCCUUUCGCUUUUCACUAUCCCUUUCUGGUCUCUUCAGGCCUUCUCCGUCUGUCUCUCCGACCCUCUAUCCUUGUCUCAUUUCCCUUCUCUUCCACCCUACCAUAUCCCUUCGGAUUGCCUCUUGCUUUCUGUGCCUGAUCAUCCUGUCCUCUCUGCCACUUCGGUACCGGAGCUUCAGCCGCAUUGUGCUUGUCUGCAGCUGCUGGCGCUUGCUCAAGCACCUGUCUCGUGUCACCUGACCCCGUUGAUCGCGAGAGGCGGGAACAAUUUUGUCCUGCCGUCACUUGCAACCUUGACUCCUGCGCAGUUUUGAUGUUGCGGUUGAUUUGCGUCCGCAAUUGUCUCUGAAUUGUGCCUCGCGAAGAAGUCGCGCUUUUCGGUAAUUGGCGCCCUCAGCUCGCGCGAUUACUGACAUCGGGACUGUGCAACCUUCCAGUGACACGGACACGCAUUGCAUCAUUGUGUCGCAUAGUGUAUGGGAGCUACCAGUGGUGAUCUAAUCAUACAUCGACUACGUUGCGGUUCGGUUUAACAGUGUUCCGGCAUUAUGGCUCAUACUCAGCCAUCACCCACGGGAGGCGUCACCCCUCACCAUGGUCAUAUCGCAGCCCAUCCACAGGUCAACGGACACAUUCAGUUGCAGUCUCAAGGCCAAAAGGGUCAUCCCCUGAACACCGCCCAAAAGAUUGCUGCGCUGAACGAGCAGGUUUGGCUUCAAAUUGGUAAGGGAUCCUUCCUUGGCGCUCUUGUCGCAGCCAUUCGAAACAUCGUCGGAAUGCAACAUGUGUGCUGACAACUUACUUCAGGGAGUUUGACUGAGCUGAUGGGCGAUCUCGAUGGCGCAAUGAAUGCAUAUGAGCAGGCCCUGCGCCACAACCAAUGGUCUAUUCCUGGCAUGAACGCGGUGUCCUGUAUCUUGCGGACAAAGGAACAGUUUCCGAAGGCCAUUGAAUAUCUUCAGAAUAUCCUGAAGCUGGACCCAACCAGUGGAGAAACUUGGGGCAGCUUGGGCCAUUGUCAUCUUAUGAUGGAUAACCUGCAAGAAGCCUACACUUCCUACCAGCAGGCGCUUUAUCAUCUGCGCGACCCCAAGGAACCCAAGCUUUGGUACGGCAUUGGUAUUCUGUACGAUCGCUACGGCUCUCUCGAUCACGCCGAAGAGGCCUUUUCCCAGGUCAUGCGAAUGGCGCCCGACUUCGAGAAGGCCAACGAAAUUUACUUCCGUCUGGGAAUCAUCUACAAACAGCAGCAGAAGUUCAACCAGAGUUUGGAGUGUUUUAAAUACAUCGUUACGGACCCCCCUCGCCCUUUGACGGAAGAAGAUAUCUGGUUCCAGAUUGGUCAUGUGCACGAGCAGCAGAAAGAUUUCGAAUCCGCCCAGCAGGCGUACAGGAGGGUGUUGGAUCGCGACCCGAACCACGCAAAGGUUUUGCAGCAGCUUGGAUGGCUGUAUCACCAGCAGAGUACCAGCUACGCGAGCCAGGAGAACGCUAUUGAGUAUCUUGAGAAAUCUGUCAGCGCAGAUAACAGUGAUGCCCAGAGUUGGUAUCUACUUGGUCGCUGCUACAUGUCUCAAGCCAAGUAUCCCAAAGCCUACGAAGCCUACCAGCAGGCGGUCUACCGCGACGGAAGAAACCCAACGUUCUGGUGUUCGAUCGGUGUGCUCUAUUACCAGAUCAACCAAUACCGUGACGCGUUGGAUGCCUACUCGCGUGCUAUUCGCCUGAACCCUUACAUUUCGGAGGUCUGGUACGAUCUGGGUACUUUGUAUGAGUCUUGCAACAACCAAAUCGCGGAUGCCCUCGAUGCCUACGGUCGCGCAGCUGAUCUUGACCCUGCCAACGUUCACAUCAAAGCCCGCUUGCAGCUUCUCCAGAGUCAGCUUUCCGGAUCCAACCAGAACAACGCUCCUGCGCCUCAACCUCAAGAUGUUCAUCCACAAGCCUACCAAGCCCCGGGCGUUGCCGGACCCCCGGCGCCUCAGUGGGCCGCGCCCACGCCGACUGGAGGACCCCCUCCUCAGCCUCCGGCGCCUCCCAGGCAGAUCGCUGACUGGAACCGGGGCAUCAACGAGCUUCAGUCGCAAGCCCAGGUGCAAAGCGCGAAUGGAUUCGAUCACCGUGAUGCGCUUAGAGCCCCGGGGGCCAUCAAGCAACCUAGUCCCCGACAGGAGCCAGGAAGGAUGUUCCCAGACGUUAUUCGUGCACCGGCACCGACUCGCUCUCCCAAGACUACCAUGGCUGGUGGUCCUACCGUUUACACGCCCGCCCACGCCCUCCCGCAACUUGCCAACCCUCCGGCUCCUUCUCACGAGCGUGCUCCCAGUGGUGCCGUACCUUUCGCCUCUGCUUCUCGCGGCCCGCUGCCUCCCGCUCCCGCGCCUCCGGCUGGACCAGGUGCUCCCAAUGGUGCUCCUACUUCUGGUGGGCCUUUGCCUCCCUACCAUCGCCCUUUCACUCCUCCGGCUGAGAUUAGACCCAUCCGGGAUGAGCGUCCGUCCUCCCCCGGGUCUACCUACCCUCACCAACAGUAUCACCACGGUCCUAGCGUCCCGGUGCAGACUCCAGGCAGCACUGGCAUCGCUGGUGGCGCGCCCCCGCCUCCGUCGGCUAUUACUGCCGCUGAAGCCGCUGCCCGCGAGCGUGAGGAUCGUCCGGCUUCGGCCAUGAAACGCGGUCGGGAAUGGGAUACCGAGGCGGGCCCUGUCAAGAAGAUCGCUAACGAGGAGACUCGUGCUCGUCUCGAUGAACAGGUCACUCGUCGCGUGACUCCCCCAAACCGCAUGCCCUCGCCCGGCGAGAUGCAGCGUCGUAGCUCGUCUGAGAUCCGCCGUGAAGAUCAACGUCGUAUCAACGAGAACUACCAUCCUUCAGAAGCGGCCCACCAUCCUCCCACGCUGCCCUCUAUUCAGCAUAUGCCUCCACACCCGUCUGGCGGACCCAGCCUUCCUCCGAUGGCUGAAAGCUCUGCUCCCGCGUCCAAUGGACCUCCGUCCGGACCACCAUCUGCGCAGCUUCCAAUCAAGGAGGAGCCCACCCGUGGUGAACAGGCCCCUGCUCACGAGCCUGCUGCACGGAAAAUGGACGUGGACGAGAAUUACGACGAUGACGAAGAUGAUAAGCGGGCGAGCACCGUUGCAAAGGGCAGCCCUGGAAGUGGGUCGGGCAGCGUCAACAACAGCAACAGUGGGGGUCUAAGCGGAGGCGCCCCGUCCUCGUCGAAACCAGAGCCUGCCGCUUAAGACGCUCUGUUCUUUGCAUGAUCCUUGUUAAUGCCGUUCGAGCAAAACUCUAGGGGGGCCUCGAGUACUCCGUAGCUUUGGCUUCUCGUUACAUGGUAUCAUUUUCUUCCUUCGUUAACACAAACACCCCCACGUUUUCUUUCUCACUCCGUUUUAUAUACGUAUAGUUUUCGUCCCCUUUCCCCCGGUGGCAUUCGUUUCAUGUUCGUCAGCUGUGUUAGCACCCGGAUUUGUAUUGUAUGACUUGAUAACCAGUGGUUCGAAGUGGUAUUCUGAAGUUGCUUUUUGUACCUACAUGUUCACUUUAUUCACUCUAUGACACCUUCGCCCUUGUUCUUUCCUUUUCUUAUCUUCACUUCCUCUUUUAACUCAUGAUUUUUGCUCCAAUUUCAGCCUUGUGACAACCCAUCUGUUCAGAUCUCCUAACUUUGUUUUUACGCGCUGGUACACCAGUGAAUGAUCAAAACUUGUUUCCUAUAUA